CGGUGGCGUUCUUCAACCAGGGAGUCGUGCGAUGGACUCCAAUCGGCGGACAGUGGGAGGCGAGGGUGCUUUCGGCGGUGGUCGUGACAUGCAGGACGGGCAUUUGCACGCACGGCCUCUGUAUAGCGGCCCAGCGACAACGAGCAUGCCCCUUUUCAACGGUGGUCGCCAAUGUGCUUCGCCGGCUGGACGUGCGUGUUUCCGUGCAACGGCGCCCAUGCAGUCGUCUGCGUUCCAUGGAGCAUACGGCGGGCAGUUCAGUGAGCACAUGCACGCCGGUCCAGUGCAUGGAGGUCCGCUGGGGGAGUUGCACCAGGUGGACUCGCCAUGGUCUCCACAAUGUGGGCAGAGCCCGUGGCGAUUGUUCGGGGCGAGGGUUUCCCCGUCUCCAGCAGUUGAUGAUGAUGGAGAGAGUACCUGGACCCGACCGGAGUCGAGGCCGAUGUCCCUUGACACGCGAAUGGACCCGCCUUACGAUGACGGUGCCAGCGGUUUUGAAGCAGGUGACGAUGACUGCGUUGCGGAGCAAGGAAGUGUCGAUCCCGUUCGCGAUCAAAGCGAUGUGCUGAAUAGUGGUGGAGCGGGGGAGGCGGGUAACGGACGGCCUGCGAACGCUUGUCCGCCGGCUCCGAAGAAACAGAACGUACCGUGGACGUUGGAUGGGCGGAUAAAGCUUGCGAUGUUGAUGGGUGAGGAUGAUGCCCUCAUGGCAGAUGCCCGCGGGCAACCCGGUUUUAAGCAGAGGAAGGAGCGGUAUGUUUGGGUGAACGAUAGGACGAAGGAGGCCGGGUUGAAACAUAGGAGCGUUGAGGACUGCUGGAAGAAAUGGUCGAACAUGCUGCAUACGGCGAAGCUCAUCGUUGCUGCAAAGAUCCGGCGAACGGAGAAGGGGAAGGCGAGUACCAUUGCUACGCCGUUGAGCAGGGCCAUGGAGGAUUCCACUCGGUCUUACUGCGAUGGCCUCGACAAAGCGGCCAGUAGCCUGACAAAAGCCACCGCAGACGUCGGCUCUGCAAUUGCCAGUCAGAUAGGAGACGUGGCUGAAGCGAUGCGCGGUGGUCACGAUGACGAUGACGAUGAUGAUGAUGUUGAUGAUGAUGAUGAUGAUGAUGAUGAUGAUGAUGAUGAUGAUGAUGAUGAUGAUGAUGAUGAUGAUGAUUAUGAUGAUUAUGAUGAUGAUGAUGAUGAUGAUGAGGAUGAUGAGGAUGAUGAGGAUGAUGAUGUCGUCCACGCGGGUGAAUCCUUCCUGUGCAGGAAGCAAUCAAUGCCCGCGCGGACGCCGUCCACUGUAGUGGCUUUAAUUCAAAUUGUCCGCGUCACGUCUGCGAAAAAACGUGAGGAUGAGCAUUUCUGUUUUCCCGGUAUCAAUGCUAUGACAUCAAUUAGGUUCUUCAUGUCAUGUUUGUGUUUACUCACAUGGGAAUGCCUGCGAAUGUUUUCUGUGGAAAUGUCAUGCAUUACGGAGUACACAGAUUGCAAUUUUCUAUUACGUCGGUUAUCCCAUCAUUAAUUUUCUUUUCUUUUCGCCAUCGCAAUCAACUGAACGAGUCCGU